AUGAGGAAGGCAUCCGCGGCUCCGUCGAAUGCAAAGAAGGCGGAGAAGAAAAGUCAGCUCAGUGCGACGGCGGCUGUCGUGGCGUCGGUAAUCGCAGCUGCGCCCAUUCAUCGAGUCCCGCCAAUGGAAGACACGGAAGCGUUGAUCCUGGACACCAUCGAGUGUCUGCUUGACGAGACGUUCCUGUUUCACAUACAAUGCGACCGGCUCGCGAAACAGAUGCACUUUGGGAUCGAAGCCAUGGCGUCCAGCAUCAUUGCCACGCUUCGAAUGGGGUGCUACAUCGACUACGACGCCGUCGUUGUUGUCGAUCCUUCCGAAGACGAGCCAAGCGCAGACUCGGUCGACAGGCACGCGGUGCAAGCCCUGCCCAAGAAGGCAAUCAGUGCCCAUCCCCAACGCCUGUACGAAUGCCCGAACGGCGCCCCCAUCCAACGCGCCACGAGCAUUCGAUCCAUGUCCGAAAAGUCCUUGCCGCCACGGAACGCUGCCGCCGGAGGGACGGGCCCCACACUCGCCAGGAGGAAAGGGUCCACGUCAUCUGACGCGUUGCAUCUCCAAGAACAACCCAUGGUGUUUCGAAUUCCAGCCAAAGUCGACUAUUUCGACAAGGAGACGAAAGCGUGGCGUAUCAAGUGCAUGACGGAGCUGGCGUCGAGUAAGCAGAAAAAAGCCAAGUGGGGCAAAGUAUCCGUGCUCCGAAGAGCGCUCGGGCAGCGCGAGUACGACGUUACCGAGACGUCCGUGGUGUCGGAACCCGUUGUGGGGGAUCAUGAAGGUGGUGCCCCCGACAUGACGAUCGAUGACGCCCCCGUCACGACCCUUGACACUGUGCGGACGAUUCCAGACGAGUCUGUGUCAAGCCAAGACCCCCUCCUCCUCCUCCUUUCGAGCCCUUCCAACACGAAAGACAAAGACAGCGUCCCAUCGCGCCUUCCCCAAUCCGACGACAAACCCGCUCGAUUCCGACGUCGGUACGCGACGGGUGCAGACGGGAAAUCGCCCAAGAAAGCGGCCCCCGUCACCAAGUCGAGCUGGUUCUACGAGAAAGCGUCUCUGAAAGGGGAACUGAAGCAGGACAAGGCGGCCGCGUACCAGCCGCACGUGAUGGAGUUCCAGCGAGAAACAUUCGCCCAGACGAUCGAACUCAACCCUGGCGUAUCGCUUGUCCAAGGAAAUGCCAAGUUUCUUGGUCCCCAUCGACGGGAAAACAUGGCAGCCAUGUCCCGCCUCGGAUUCCAGAAUCACCUCCGCAAUGUCGUGGCAGCGUCGUCGGACCCAUCGAGUAGUGUCGUUUGGGAUGGGCCAAACAAGGUCGUGCUGAGAUCGCUGACCCUUCCGAACAUGCCCGAUCCAGCUACGGCAUUGCAAGACGAUAUUUUGCACAAUUCGAAGUCCACGACGGAGUUGCGACCGCCCCAUCCGUCGCUCCAUCCACCGCAAAACGGCACACUCACUUGCGACACGACCAACACCCGCACCACCCCGACCUUGACCCACCCAAGUGACAAGAAUGUGUCCGUUCGCUUCAAGUCCGCGAGCCCUGCUGUCCGGGUUCGUGUGUCGCCUCUGCGAGCAGACACACCCAACGCGCGACCUCAGCCCCGCGACCAAUACGUAACCCACGGCGAUUCGGUGGGAGUUCUCGAGAUUCCAAGCCACAGGCGGCGGCCAUCCACGGCGAUCGGCGCCCUCCUCGUCAACGCGCCGUCUUCGAGCACCACGAGCACCUCCUCGUCGACGAAAGCCACCUCGAAGCUCAAGUACAUUCGAGAGUUCCCGCCGCCAAAGGCCGAAGUCGUGACUGUCCUGAAGCCCGCAGAUGAUCGCCACCGCAUGGCAUGGUUAAGUUAAUUUCACGAGUAUUUCCUCAUUCUUCGAGCAUCGUUUCGACUUGGAGGAUCGCGGACGUGAGAGACUCGGACGGCUCUGGGCAAACGAGGAAGACCGGCGACGACACGUCGCUCGUCCGUCCCGUGUCGAGGAGCCCCCAAC